CUGUUUAAAAAGUAUAAUUAUUUGAUUAUUUAGAAUUGGUGAUAUAUUACUUUAUAAAAAUAGGAUGAAGGAAUAGAAGGGGGAAAAGUUACUUUUUGAAAAGAAAUCAGUAAUUUAUUUCGGAAGUAAGCUUUUAAGACAAGUAUACAUAAUUUAUAGAAAUAAAUAUAUUCGUUACGUAUAAAUAAAUCUGGCGGUUGCUCGCAUAAAGAACUUACAAUUUAUUCAGUAGAUUAUUCUCCCAUCAAAUGCAAGUUUUGAAUUUUUAUACUUAGUAAUAAUGCAAGUAACCUUUUAUUCAUAUCGUAUUGAAAUAAAAGCUAAGAAUGGCAAAGAACAUGAUCGACUUGCUUUGACAAAAAAAAAAAAAAUAAAUUUUGUCAGACAUACCCUGGAUCACUUGUUCACGUUUGACUUUCGCUUAUUGCUGCACAAAACAUCACGUGUCACGACUGACGUAACACAUUGUCCUUUAGCCGAUAAAUCCUUCACUAUUAUAACAACUUAUUUUAGAGGAGUCAAUUCUUUUCAAUUACCAUCUACCUCGCAAUUUAAAGUCGAAAUUCGCUUGUGGAGUUUUAUCUCUGAGGAAAGAUAAAAAUUUAUUACUAGUAAUAAAAUUGAGUUGUCAUAUUUAAAUAAAAAAUGUUUAUUCGGCGAAUUAAAUUUAUGCCCCGCAAAUAAAUUUUUCAAGCAUCUUCUCCCCACUGUACGAGAAGAGAGAGAGAGAGACCCGGUAGCCCGACUCGGUGUUAUUCUCGUAACGAUUGAUUUAAUUCGUCAAUUCCGCUGGUGUAUUUUCUCGAAGGUCACUUGACCUUGCACGUCGAAUUAUUAAAGCGCCGCCGAUGAAACGUUUUUUUUUUGCUGCACUGGUGGUUUUGUUUUCGAGUCCGUGAACCGUUUUGCCGCGAUGCAUCCGUCCGACAUUACGUAAAUUCAAGUCGCAUUGCGAACUCACGCACGCCAGCGAGUCGCCAGCAAUUAUCCGCACGUAGCCGCGACGUCGAGGAUCAGGGGGGAGGUGACGUUAUCCCACAGUUUUUGACCGUAAUAAUUCCUCGCCGUCGCACGUUUCCUCCGUCCGUCCUCGUGUGAGUCUCUGAAGUUCCGUGAGCGGACGGAGAGGAGCCCUAGCUCGCGCGCCCUUCCUCUCUCACGACGCGCGCGGGAGGGGGUGAAAAAAAAAAAUUGCGGCUAUAUCGAGCGACGGAUACAAACAGUUUGUAACGUUACACCGUAAGAUAACAUCGCGUCACGUCGAUAUUACGCGAUGAGAUAACGAAUAUCUCUCGCGGUGUCCCCGAGGCGGACGACAAGGUGCCGCUCCUCGGAGACGACGCUCUUCAAGGCCGACGGCGAUCAGCCGAUUUUGUUCAAGCGACGCCGCGUUCUCCCCCGCCUAAGCCUUUUCAGAACCCUUGCCGCACAUAAAAGCCCGGUAACCUCCUUACGGGACAACGGGUUCGUACCUGCGAGGGACGCGACAUGAAUUCGAUAGACAUUGAACUUGAUCACAAGCCACCUGAAGAAUUACGGUACGACGUAUACGCGUGUGAAAAGGGAACAUUGCGCCGUACGCCGUAUCCUUGCUUUUGAAAGAAUCCUCCUUGACGAUCGGUCGUUUUCCGUGGAAGUUUCCAAACAAAUAGAAGCUAUCUUCUAAAAGGAGGAUCUAUUCGCUGCACCGAUAAACACAGAAACAGAAGUAAAAGGAGAUUCUUAUCACGGGAACGAAGGUGAAGUACUUUCUACCUGAAAGUAACUCAAAGAAAUUCAACGAAAUAAUUCAGGACGCGUUCGACAAAUAGUUGAUAUGGCCACGAUGGCUGGCAGUGAGUACACAUCCGUGAAGGACUUUUACAGAGACAGGUCAAUUUUUAUAACCGGAGCAACAGGUUUCAUGGGUAAAGUUCUCGUCGAGAAGCUGUUGAGAUCGUGUCCGGACAUCAAAAACAUCUACCUUCUAAUGAGACCUAAAAAGGGACAGAACGUGCAAGAGAGGUUGCAGGAACUUUUAAACGGGCCGCUUUUUGAGAAAUUACGGCGAGAUUCUCCCAGCGUACUUUCCAAGGUUAUACCCGUAGCUGGCGAUAUUACGGAACCAGAGUUGGGCAUUUCGGCAGACGAUCAAAAUACCUUAAUACGAUUCGUAUCGAUCGUUUUUCAUUCAGCGGCCACGGUCAAAUUCGACGAAGCUCUGAAGCUCUCGGUGACCAUAAAUAUGUUGGGCACCAAAAGAUUGGUUGAAUUAUGCAACCGCAUGCACAAUGUGGAGGCAUUCAUCCACGUGUCAACGGCAUAUUGCAAUUGCGACCGGAACGAUGUUGCCGAGGAGAUUUACUCCGUGGGUCGGGAACCUAAUCAGGUGAUCGCUCUGACAGAAUGGAUGGACGACAAGAUGUUCGAGGAUAUUACACCUAAUCUGAUCGCCAGUCGACCGAAUACGUACACAUUCACCAAAGCAUUGGCCGAGCGGAUGCUCCAGGGGGAAAAGGGUUCCCUGCCGGUAGCGAUUGUCAGGCCAUCGAUUGUACUGUCGUCGUAUAGAGAACCGGUCGCCGGCUGGGUGGACAAUUGCAACGGCCCCACAGGGAUCAUCGCUGCCGCCGGAAAAGGUUUCUUCAGAACUAUGCUGUGCCACGAGGACAAAGUGGCGGACCUAGUACCCGUCGACAUUGUCAUCAACCUAAUGAUCUGUGCGGCAUGGAGGACCGCCAUGCAACGUACCGACACCAUCCCGAUUUACAAUUGUUGCACCGGUCAGCAAAAUCCUAUAACUUGGAAGCAGUUCGUCGAUCUAUCGUUCAAAUAUUGCCGGCUACAUCCGGUGAAUGAUGCGCUCUGGUAUCCGGACGGUCGUUGUCACAGCUCCGCCAUAAUAAACAAAUUGUGCGUGACGUUUCAGCACAUGUUACCGGCGUAUAUCUUAGAUACUCUCGCACGGCUCAAGGGCUCGCGGCCUAUAAUGGUUCGCGUGCAGACGAAACUUUCCAAAGCCGCCAAGUGUUUGGAGUACUUCAGUACGAAACAGUGGAAUUUUAGGGACGACAACGUGCGACGACUGGGUGAGCAACUCAGUCCGGAGGAUCGGGAAACGUUCAUGUUCGAUGUUAGGCAAAUCGACUGGCCGUCGUAUUUAGAGCAUUACAUUCUGGGAAUACGACAAUUUAUUCUGAAAGAGAGUCCGGACACACUGCCAGCUGCACGUUCAUACAUUACAAAACUCUACUGGCUUCACAAGGCCGUGCAACUUGGAAUAUUGAUAAUAAUGCUACGCGUCCUACUGUUACGCAGCUCCGCAGCGCGAAGGGCCUUCUUUUCGCUGCUGUCCAUCGUACUUCGUAUAUGCCGCUUGAUUGUUUGACGGCUCAGAAUAGACCCGGUCGAUGAUCGCGAUCAGCGUAACACAAGGCGGCCGUUAUUAGACAGCCGUUAUUUAAAGGUGCGAUUUGUUCUUCGACCUCGUUGCUCAGCCUCCUCGACGAUAAAGCGCUAUCUGCGCACCUAUCAAUUGGCCUUUUCGAUGUUGGUGACCAUCGAAAAGUAACAACGCCGAUUACAAAUACUUCUCGAGAGAGUGAUCGGUUACUGAUUCGAUUGGACAAGAAUUCUACGACGGAACUGUCUGCCCGCGACUAUAUAAGUACGUUACAAACAUAUUUUGCAUAUAUUGCAACAAUUAUGAUUGCAUUACCGAUGUUAUUCCUUGUUGCCCUCCCUUCCUCCAUGCGAACCAUCGCAAUCGUCGGAAAAUUGGCGAUCGCGUCAAAUUUCUAUAGCGACGUAAUCGUCAUUGCGUGUUCCAUUACGCUAGAAUAAAAAUAAAUGCGCAUCACCAUCAUGAUUGUUCCAUUAUCGUCAUCGUACAUUGAUAUACUUUGCACAACGUCAAUUUCUAAUAAAUAAAAGAAUAAACACACACACACACAUACACACACACACACCCUCGUGUUUGUUGUUAACGCGAGCUCGUUUUUAGUCUAGCUAGUCGGUUUUCGGUACAGUAAAACUCUCGCGAGUAACCAUCAUUACACACCAUCAACCAUUAACACACGACAUCCAGACGCCAUCGUGCUCUUUGUAUUGUCGGUAUCUGACAUUCUUUUUCCUUUUUACUCUAUGAUGUAAGAUACCUAGAUAUUUUAUUUUGACCGCACGACAACUCGUUGUCACGCGUAUAGAGGCAACAAAUUGCUAUUGAUUCAGAAGUAACACGUGCAAGAAUCCCGAUCAUGUAGAAACGACGCGACAUAAAUCCGUUUAUUGAAACAAGUAUGACAACAGGGAUACAUAGUUUUGUAACAACAAUGUACAGCCUUUUUUUAGAACUGCCAUUGGCGCAAAAAUUUUUAGCAAACGUAUUUUGUCCAGAUAACGGGCCGAUGUUCUUACGAAAACUUGUCUCUUAAAGAAGUCUAGUCUAUCCUAAUGAAAUAUCUAUGUAUCUUACACGUCUUAUUGUCACUGGGUCAACGUUUCACGAGUUUUAAAGACAUUGGCAACUUAUCGAGCAGUCCCGCUGAAAUCAGAUUGAUAACCGAUAUGCGACACGAAUAAAAAGUAAUCCAAAUACAAAGUCCAAAUUAGAAACGCUAAAAGUUUAUCGCGACAGAUCGACUGCGUUCGCAUUAAGCUCUGCCAGUCUCGCCAUAAUCUUACACAAUCUGACAGCGGAUUGCCAGUAGAAAUCGAGCGGAAUCGGCUAUAUCAUUUGAAUGACUUAGAAGCGGCAGAUUCUGCUUAAUUGCCAAUUUCUGCAGUUAAUUGCCAAAUAUUCGUAUUCUGUUGACAGAUUACCUUAUACCGACAAAACUUGUAGCGGUAAUUUUGCAAGAUCCUUCGAUAGAUUUUAUAGAUCGUCUGGAUAUUUUUAAAAGCGUGCUUUUAUAGUAUAUCUAAAAGUACUAGCGAAUGUUCGCGCUUAUAUCUGCGAAUUGAUAAUUCGUUGCCCAUGCCUUUGAGAUGACGAUGAUAUACAAACGCUUGGUUUUAUUCAUUGAAUUAGCUCUUAUUGGUCAUCGUUUCACAUAAAAUAAUUCAUCGAAUCGAAGCGGGCUUCUCCUUCUGUUUUACGAUCAAUCGAAACGCUAUCGUUCUUCGAGAAUGAACAAAAUACAUUUGAAAAUAGACAAGAAUAAAUGUAACGGAAGUAUCCGUGUUAAAUUAAUUAACAACGUAAGAACAAAAAAUGACAAAUAAUCUUAAUUUUGCGCUAAGAAGUAAAAGAGGGGUAGUGCUACGAAGGUCACCUUCUACUAGUCUCGUCUGUAUUGUUACUCGGUUACACAGUGCAUAAAAAAACAAUAUUUAAUAUUUAAUAUGUAUAAUUAAUUUAAUUAAUAUUAUACUAUGCUACUAUACAAAUUACAUUAAAAAUGAUGAAUCAUUA